AUGUCUUGGACCUGUCGAAAGGAUGUGCUUCAUCUGGAGGGGAGGGACCAAGAAAUGACCCAGAGCCUAAUGGAUUGGCAUGAGGGAAGACUUGUGGUAAGUGCCAAGAACUGGACGUUGUUAUAUUUAAUUAUCCUCAUAUAUUUUCCACGACAACUGGAAACCCGGACAAUAUCACAUGGAAUUCUUAUCGGGAAAUUCCAUCUGCUCCUAUCGGCAAAGGUCCUCCGACAUGGGUUAUCUGGAGCAGCAUGCCCGUUUAGGAAGGCGGACUCUCCGUUCAGAAGGAGCAGGAUAAAAAAAAAAGAAAAAAAGGAAAAAGAGGAGGGUGAAAGAGAGAGAGGAAUAAAAAAAGGAGAAGUGGGAAAGAGGGGAGAAACAUCUGGGGGACGGCGCCAGUCUGGCCGUUUAGGGAAAUAUGUGAGCGGACAGGUGGCCAGACUGUAA